AACAUACAGUCCGCGAGACAAACAGCAGGCUACACACGCAAAGAUGGCAGAAGAAGCUCCAGCAGCGGCCCCGGCGAAAGCCGCACCUAAAGCCCCGAAGAAGAAGAGCGCUCCCCGGCCCAAGAAGGACGGACCCACUCUCAACAAGCUGAUCAUCGGCGCUGUGGCGGAGUCCAAGGAGCGUAAAGGGCUGUCGGUGGCGGCGCUCAAGAAGAUUCUGGCUACCAAAGGCGUCGAUGUCGUGAAAGCUAACAAACGCAUCAAUACUGCGGUCACGAAGCUGGUGACUAAAGGCACUCUGACCCAGACUAAAGGGACAGGGGCCUCCGGCUCCUUCAAGCUCGCCAAGGAGACCAAACCCGCCAAGCCGGUCAAGAAAGUGGUGAAGAAGAAAGCCGCCGUCAAAGCCAAGAAGCCCGCAGCCAAGAAACCCGCAGCGGCUAAGAAGCCCAAGACAGCGGCAGCGAAGAAGACAGCAGCCGUUAAGAAAUCCCCCAAGAAGGUCAAGAAGCCCGCAGCGGCCAAGAAAGCAGCCAAGAGCCCCAAGAAGGCCGCCAAGAGCCCCAAGAAAGUGGUGAAAAAGGCUCCUGCAGCUAAGAAAGCUCCCGCAAAGAAGGUCGCCAAACCCAAAGCCAAGAAGGCAGCACCCAAGAAGAAGUGAGCUGUCAUCAGUCUGAACAUGUGAACCUGAUCAAAGGCUCUUUUA